CCUGGCUUCACCAAAGAAUCGAUAAAAAGGAAAGAAACCUUGCUCAAAUUAGGCAGUAAUUUUAUUUCAUAGCUUUUUUAAAUUUGCUACAAAACAUCAAGUAAUAAAUCAAGUAAAACAGGUCAGAUGUAGACCCUCCACAGCGUUCUAGACAAAAGCCAACCAUUGGUUAAAGCUAUUCAGGCAUCCACUUAGGUGAUUGGCUGGUACCUAUAAACAAAAUCCAUGACAUCAAUUUAUAAACUGAAUUAUUAACGAAAGCUAGAAACCAUUGUUAAAAGACCCAAACUGUGACAUCGACAAUACAUUAUUUGCAAGCAAACAAAUCAGUAAAGAAUUGAUGUGCUCACAAAUCCACCAUGAUAUUCUCUCUGAUCUUCUCUGCAUCCGCGCUUCUUUGCUUGAACCUUGCAUGUAGCCAGAUAUUUCGCUCUGCUUGUAGACGAGAUGCUCUGAUGAAGGUGACCGACCGGGAGAGUAAACUUGUUAGGAAUUCCUUCGACAUCAUUGAAAGUUCCCCUGCGAACACACUGCCAAAGUGCGUUGUUAAGUGCAUGCGAAACUCAAACUGCAAGUCGAUCAACUUCAAGAAGGUGUUCUUGACCAAUGAGAAUAACUGCGAAGUAUUAGGGAUCACCAAAAGCAGCACAUCUUCGUCGAUUGCUUCUACCUCCGGCUGGAUACACUACGAGCCAGUGGUACAGGUAGGUCCUCGCUGCAGAAAUGUUCAAUGCAACCCUGGCUACGAAUGCAAGGAACAUUGCGAUAGUAACAGUGGCUAUUCAUGUAUAGAUAUCGAUGAAUGCUUAAGCGGUCCUUGCCUCAACGGUGGAACAUGUAACAAUGAAGUAAACAAAUAUUCAUGCACUUGUCCACCAUUCUACAUUACACCAAUAUGCCAAUCCCAUUAUUUAGGGUCCUAUAGUUACACAACAUCUUACGAUGCAACGGAUGGUGGCAAAAUCGUAUUUCUAGACAGGCACACUUUAUCAUGUGGCUCAAGUAAGGUGAUGGUGGAAUGGCAGAUAUACAGAUCUGGAACAAACAUACGUUACAAUUACAAAUGCCGAAAAUUUCAAGGAGGCUUUUGCACGGUGAGCAGGAAGACAGGCACAUGGCAGGAGCAUGGAAAUGGCGAUAUACAUUAUAUUGAUAGGCAAACAAUCGAAUGCGGCACUAAAGGCUACGUAACAUAUUUCAGAUUGGAAACAAUUGAUCCAAACGCAAGGUACAUUUAUGACUGCUGCCACGUUAGCACACCAAGUUGGGAAAGUGCUGUUACAUGCACUAGUCACGCGACCCCCUGGGUGGCCGACGGGGCAGUUGUUGACUUUGACCGAUUUGGAAGUGUAAGUUGUCCAUCUGGAUACGGACUGUCCUACUUUCGAUUCUUUUAUAGAAAUAAUCAUGCCGAAGUACGUGUAGAAUUCCGUUGUUGUAAAUUCUAUGUACCCUAAUUUGGGACGGAAGGGUAUGUCCAUUCUCUAUGGAUCAAGGACUACGAAGUAAAUGGCUUUGAAAAAAGCAAACAUUUAGUAAACUAAAGCUUUUCGUCUGACACUCUUCAGAGUUUAAAACGUCAGAACAUAGAUCGAAAACUCUACGCUAAGAAAUAUAUAUACCCAGUUGUGGAUCGAAAUAGGCCAAUCAGAAACACGAGCACAUGACUGUAAAGGUUGACCAAUCAGUGCCGCUUGCCUAUUAGAAUGUUACCAGUGGAGUCCUAAGGUGAAAACGAACACCUUUUGUCUACACAGUAGCGGCUUUUUCGUGCUUAUGUAGAUAGAUUCCAAAACUGCUAGGUGGAACGACGAUCUUGCUAGAAAACCCAGAUUGUGCAAAAAACUAUAAUGGCGACAUGUUUCGGAUUGUUGGUAGAGCCCGAUCGUCGUUCCACCUAGCAGUUUUGGAAUCUAUCUACAUAAGCACGAAAAAGCCGCUACUGUGUAGACAAAAGGUGUUCGUUUUCACCUUAGGACUCCACUGGUAACAUUCUAAUAGGCAAGCGGCACUGAUUGGUCAACCUUUACAGUCAUGUGCUCGUGUUUCUGAUUGGCCUAUUUCGAUCCACAACUGGGUAUAUAUAUUUCUUAGCGUAGAGUUUUCGAUCUAUGUUCUGACUUUUUAAACUCUGAAGAGUGUCAGACGAAAAGCUUUAGUUUACUAAAUGUUUGCUUUAUUCAAAGCCAUUUACAAGUUCUGUACCACCAAAAGAUUGGACUACGAAGUGUUUUCAAGUAUAUCUUCUAACGCUACUUCAAAACACCUAUUCAACUUGCGGCCUCAUUUUGGAAAUUUCUCCAAACUUCCUUGUACGACUUUUAUCAUCAUAAUUUCAGGCUGGAACUGGAUACAAUUUUUUAUAUUGUUUGAGUCUGUCUUUUAGAUUUCACAGAGUAAUAAAGUUUGAAAACUUGUAAGGGAUUUGCCCGCAAAAAUGAUUCCGGGUGAAACUCAACCACCCCCACCUCCCUCCCCCCUUGUCACUAACCACGGUAAAUUUUUAUCUUUAUGUCGUCACACAAUCAUUAUCGUGAGAAUUAAAAUAUUGAAAACUUCCAAGUAGACCAAAAUUUUUGCUCUUAUUCCGAACCUGAGGUCAAACCUUUUUUCAAAAGAAUUUGAAGAAUUUUUCAAAAUGAGACCGUUAGUUGAAUUGGUGUAUUUGCUUUCCUGCCUGCAUAAGUUACCUUAUAAACGUGCGUUUUCGCAUUAACUAGUGCAGCUUGGUGUGCAAUGUCGAAACACUUUCAUUUACGCACAUCUUAUCAAAAUUUCAAUAUGACGUCCAGAAAAAGCAGUCACCUUCAGAUUUGUAGAGAUUGGACAAGUGUCUGUAUGCCAAAAAAAUGCUUAUUAUGGUGUAUGGAAAGGCAGUGAAGUUGACGGGAAUUGUUGGGGAUGAGGGCAACUGCCGACUUCCCCCUCAAUUCGACAUGACCCGGAAAAUUUACCUAGAAAAUCAGAUAGCAUUGCAUAGAAUGUGAACAAGGCAUUCAAAAAAGAAACCCUGAAAAUUUAUUGGUUCUGCCAAACCACCCAGAAAGCUAUAUUUACUUCACUUUUACAAUUGGCCAUACAGGGGUGCAAAUUGUAUGAUAUUUAUGAAGGGGCAUACCUGUCAAACUACCGUGAUGUACUGCCGAAUGAUUUUGCUUAUUAAAUCAUAAUUGUGUGUAUAAAACGGUAAUUAAAUCAUGAGAAAACCGUAUUUUAAUCCUUCGAUAGUUUUUGUUUAAAAAAAUGCAAAAGGAAAACGUAAUGUAAAUAACAAAAAUUGUUGACUCAGUAUGAACACUUCAUGAUGGAAACCAGUUUAUCAAGAUUCACUGAAGAAACCAUCAAUAAAAAUCUGAAUCUACUUACAUUUUCUUUAAAAUAACAAUGACGAAUAUCUUUCAGUGUAUGAUGCUGACAUUUUGGCAGAAAAAACUGAAUUAGCUAACCAAUAAGGCAGCACUCUCUCGUGAAUUUGAAUAUGGCGUGUUCGAAACAUUUCAUUUUGUUCAUAGUUGAUAGUUUAAGAUUCAUAGUUUACACUGUAAAACUUGAAAAUCGCCGAGGUUACGCAGGACUUGGGCAAAAUAAAUAAGAUUUUACAGGUAUGGUUGGGGCCUUGAAAGUUGCACCGACUCACGUACAGAAUGGACCGACAUUUCAAAGCCAAUCAAAGCAGAUAAACAAAAUGAAUAUGUACUUUUAAGGACAUGCCCUUAGAUCCCUGAGCUGUGGUGAAAUGGGAAAUUCGUUCUUCUUUGAGAAAGACUGAGAUCAUGGAGAAAGAGCAUUCCAAACUUGGUUCUGGAUGAUUGGAAUGAUGUCCUGCUUGAUAUAAGCAGGUACGGAUUUAAGCAACAAUCACUGGGGGGUGUUAGACACUAAUUUGGGCUUUGGUAUCACACAUUUCAGGUCACUGGAAAAUGAUGGAAACGCCCCCUUUUAAAAAUAAGGUUUUUUACUUUAAAGUAAAGAAGAUAAGAAGAUAAAUUAAGUCUUCUGAUAUCUGAUAUAUUUCAUAUAAUCAUAAAGCACUAUGUUCCUUUCCUUGAAAUUCAUAUUUGAUUUUAUAUUAAGUGCUAAAGAAUAUCAUCAUGUAUAAAUAUACGGUAAUAGUAAUAAUAUAGUUACGUAGGUUUCUUUCCCAUGCACUUUCUUGUUGCAGUUCCUCCUACAUAAUAUUCUAUUUCACGACACCUUUGAGUCGCACUUUUUACCUAAUUCUGCAACUUCGGCCUUCUGAUUUCUUAAUUUAUAACUUUGUACCACAAAGGACUUUUCAGUCCAGAUAUAAGGAUUAGUGAAAAGAAAGACAAAGCAUCAAAUGCUAAUAAAAACACUAACAAUCUAUUUAGACUGACAUAUCAUAUAGGCCUAGGAAUCCUUGAACUCGUUCAUCGUAUCUAGAAAACCACCUUCAAGGUAAAAUAACAAAGAAAUUUUUUCUGGGGACCUCUUAAGUUUUGGCGCCCUUAGUUUUUUAACUAAAGGUAACCUCGGUCUGUUAUACCCCUGCUUUUGCUAUGCACUGACAGCUUGGCGAUAGUGAGAAAUAAUUGUCUUCAGAUAUUUUAAUGAAUUAAAAUUAUCCGUUUGGAAAGGGUCUGGAUUUGUGUUUUGAAGUUUGAUCUCAAAACUGUUGUAAAGCAUUAUUUAAUUUGUUGUUGUAAAGUUGUAAAAAAUUAAUUAAUUGCAUUAUAUUAUUGUUAUUAAGCAAGUCAUAAAAGGUACUGUCUUGCUAUUUUCCUUUCCAAAUGUAAUAAUAAUAAGUUUAUAUCGUAUUUCUGUUUAACUGUUUCUUGGUUGUUGCUUUAGCUUUUGCUAAUGGUUAUAGGUAAUUAACAAGAUGGUUGAUGACCAGAUUAGGUUGUCUAAAGGUAGUUUGCAUGAUUAUAAUCAAGCCUUUACAGUUUGUCGUUUUUUUCUUCGAAACAUGACUUAUAGAUGCAUUCAAUUAUGCUUUACCAACCGGAGCGAGCAUCAGUAUAUCUUUUGAACAAGAAAUUUUGUAACUCAAUGUCUAUACAGUCAAACACAUGUGCCAAUCCAAGUGCAAUAAGAUAUUAGAUAUCUGGCAAGUGAAACAAUGGUAAAACUAGCCAAUUUUUCAAUUUCGUUCAAGCAUUGUGCAAGUAAUCAUUGCAAUCACCUAGCAAGCAACUUCACACUAGCUUGUUGCAGUAUCGACUGGUUUUCCCAGAGGUGAAAUUAGUUGAAAGGAAAAUUUAUGGUCUAGUGCACACAGACAACUACCUACUGAUAGCACACUUUUAAAACCUUUGUUUACUCUGCUGCCCUGUUCCCCCAGUUAUUAGAAUCAUUGUCCAUCUCUUGGGACGGAUUUAAGCAGCAAGCAGGGGCUGCGCCACAGGGUAGACUGGGGUGGGCAUGUCCACUCCACUUUUUUUGGAUCAACUUUCUAAUUUUUCUAAAACUGGAUUAAAAACAUAAGUGUUCGUUUUCUUCUCUGAGAUGGAAACUUUUCUCAUUUUGAUGGUCAGCUACGGUUCGUUUCAGAUCUUAGCUGCCCACCCCAAAAUUUUGGGGCUGGCGCUGUCCCUGGCAGCAAGUAUGGGGAGGGUGAAAGGUAACACUUGGAUUUUGGUGCCACACAUUUCAGGACACUGGAAAAUCAUGGAAACACAAAUUUCUAAAAUUUGAUUUUUAACUUCAUGAUACAGAAGACAAGUAAAGUAAGAUCUUGGUGAUAUUUGAUUACUACUUACUGUGUCCAAAUGGGUAAGCUGAGCCCCCCCUCCCCCUCCCCAACAUUCUAACCAAAACGGUCUCCAAACCAAAACGUUUGCAGAUCGUACUGAGUAAGAGAAUGUGCACAUGUUGCCUCUAAACCCUCUCUCCCAUGACUGUGUUAGUUUGUUCAUGUUUGUGCAUUACCUCUGUACGUAAUUUUAAAUAUCAGUUAUUCUAUAUGUUUUUUAAAAAAAUUGGCCCCUUUCCCUAAUGUCAAAAUCCUAACUACCCCCAUGACUGUAUGGAAGCUAGGCCUUUCCUUGAGAUCAAGGUAGGUGCCAAAAAACAACUUAUAUAAAACAUGACUUUUCAGUACAACAUGCAGAAAAUUUCAGUACUUUACAAAAUGUUAGCAAUUCUUACAUGGUCAAAGAUAUUUUAUUAAAU